UUCGCGGGCUCCUGGCGGUGGCGGUCGGCGGCUCAGGCGGUCGUGGCGGGGAGAAAGGAGCGGGCCGGCGGCGCGGGACGCGGCGGUGUCUCUGAUACAGAUUUAAAGGUGCAGUAUCAUGGUUAUGAAAGCUUCGGUAGAAGAUGAUGAUUCAGGAUGGGAACUCGGUGUGCCUGACAAGAUGGAAAAGAGUAAUACAAGCUGGAUAGAUAUAACCCAGGAUUUUGAAGAAGCUUGUAGAGAACUGAAGUUAGGAGAACUGCUUCAUGACAAGCUUUUUGGUCUUUUUGAAGCCAUGUCUGCCAUUGAAAUGAUGGAUCCCAAGAUGGAUGCUGGUAUGAUUGGAAACCAAGUUAAUAGAAAGGUUCUUAACUUUGAGCAAGCUAUUAAGGAUGGCACCAUUAAAAUAAAGGAUCUCACUUCACCUGAGCUGGUAGGAAUAAUGGAUACAUGUUUUUGUUGUUUGAUAACAUGGUUAGAGGGACAUUCCUUGGCACAGACCGUAUUCACGUGCCUUUAUAUUCAUAAUCCAGACUUUAUAGAAGAUCCUGCUAUGAAGGCUUUUGCUCUAGGGAUCCUAAAAAUCUGUGAUAUUGCCAGAGAAAAGGUUAACAAAGCAGCUGUUUUUGAGGAGGAAGAUUUUCAGUCAAUGACUUACGGAUUUAAGAUGGCCAACAGUGUGACAGAUCUUAGAGUUACAGGUAUGCUAAAAGAUGUAGAAGAUGACAUGCAAAGACGAGUGAAGAGUACUCGAAGUCGACAAGGAGAAGAGAGAGAUCCAGAAGUUGAACUUGAACAUCAACAGUGUUUAGCUGUGUUCAGCAGAGUCAAGUUUACCCGGGUACUACUGACUGUUCUAAUAGCAUUUACCAAAAAAGAGACGAGUGCUGUUGCAGAAGCUCAGAAACUAAUGACUCAGGCAGCUGACUUGCUUUCUGCCAUCCACAAUUCAUUGCAUCAUGGUAUCCAGGCACAGAAUGAUACCACUAAAGGAGAUCAUCCUAUUAUGAUGGGCUUUGAGCCCCUUGUUAAUCAGAGAUUGCUGCCACCAACUUUCCCUCGAUAUGCAAAAAUAAUUAAAAGGGAAGAAAUGGUCAAUUAUUUUUCCAAACUAAUAGACCGAAUAAAAACUGUAUGUGAAGUAGUCAACUUAACUAAUUUGCACUGUAUACUGGAUUUUUUCUGUGAGUUUAGUGAGCAAUCACCGUGUGUUCUUUCAAGAUCCCUGUUACAGACAACUUUUCUGGUAGAUAACAAGAAGGUGUUUGGCACUCACCUCAUGCAAGACAUGGUAAAAGAUGCUUUAAGGUCUUUUGUCAGUCCUCCAGUACUUUCUCCAAAGUGUUGUCUUUAUAAUAAUCACCAGGCGAAGGACUACAUUGAUUCCUUUGUGACACAUUGCGUUCGGCCAUUCUGUAGUCUGAUUCAAAUCCAUGGACACAAUAGAGCUCGUCAGAGAGAUAAACUAGGUCACAUUCUUGAGGAAUUUGCCACCCUCCAGGAUGAGGCAGAGAAAGUAGAUGCAGCACUUCAUAGUAUGUUACUGAAGCAGGAACCACAAAGGCAACAUCUGGCUUGCUUGGGCACCUGGGUCCUAUAUCAUAACCUUCGUAUUAUGAUACAGUAUCUUCUGAGUGGCUUUGAAUUGGAACUUUACAGUAUGCAUGAAUAUUACUACAUAUAUUGGUACCUAUCAGAGUUCCUCUAUGCCUGGUUGAUGUCAACACUGAGCCGCGCUGACAGCUCUCAAAUGGCGGAGGAAAGAAUAAUGGAGGAACAACAGAAAGGCCGUAGUAGUAAGAAGACAAAGAAAAAGAAAAAAGUUCGCCCUCUCAGCAGAGAGAUCACCAUGAGUCAAGCAUACCAAAAUAUGUGUGCUGGGAUGUACAAGACAAUGAUCGCAUUUGACAUGGAUGGCAAAGUAAGAAAACCUAAGUUUGAACUGGAUAGCGAACAAGUUCGAUAUGAGCACAGGUUUGCUCCAUUCAACAGUGUUAUCACACCACCCCCAGUGCACUACUUGCAGUUUAAAGAAAUGUCUGAUUUAAAUAAGUACAGCCCACCUCCUCAGUCAUCUGAUCUCUACAUGGCAGCUAGCAAACACUUCCAGCAAGCUAAAAUGAUUCUUGAGAAUAUUCCUAAUCCAGACUAUGAGGUCAAUCGAAUUCUAAAAGUUGCUAAACCCAAUAUUGUGGUCAUGAAGCUGCUGGCAGGAGGCCACAAAAAGGACUCUAAGGUCCCUCCAGAAUUUGACUUCUCCCCUCAUAAAUAUUUUCCAGUUGUGAAGCUUGUUUGAAAGACAGAUUAUUGUUAGGAUACCUGAAGCAUAAUCUGUGUAUCAGAUACCAGUUGUAGGAUGGAUUAUCUAGUGCUGUACCCAGACUGAGAGGGAUCUCUAGGAUAAAAGUACUGUUACGUGGAAUAUAUAGUCUGCCUUCUUUACAUAAUCUGAAUGACAACUGCUGUUUUAAAGUGGUUUGUAUAAAGCUUUAUGGGUGAAGCUGAUUUUAAUCAACUGUAUUGUUGAAGAAUGUUGUACCUUAGUUGAUUUUAUUAAAGAUUUAAUCAUAAAUCAUUUUUAUAAAUGAGCUCUGACAGAAAAUGGUGGUUUAGGGAUUUAGUAACAUUUGGGACUGAACAAUGCAGUAGAGCUUUGUGUCUGAUAGGCACAGCUGAGCUACUGAAAUUAUGCUUUGGACAAAGCCACUUUGAAAGACUGCAAGUUUCCAUAUUUUUACCUAAAUUGCAUCAAAUUUGCUCACUUUGCAAGUAGAAAGACUGGGUUCUUUUCUUCCCCAGUCCUGCAAGCUAAAACAAUCUUUAUAGAAAUUAAGAACAGAUGAAAACUAGUCAUUUAGCUCCUACUGCACUGCAUUCAGCAAUAUUUGUUUUACUGAAGUCAAUUGUCUAGGAGGUAUUUUGUCUUAAAUGUAGAAGUCCUUGAAGACAGUGAGAAAUGAAGUUAUUUCUAGUUGCAGUUUCUUUCUUUGUCUUUAUUCUUCAUGGUACUGGAGAAUCUGCACAGCUAAUACUGUAAUAGGCACUAGCAACACAGGAACACAAGAUACUAGGGGUGUAUGUUAACCACUCUGCAACUUUAUUUCAAUCCUGUUGUUACUUUGCCAUUGCAAAGGAGGGAUUGUUAAUUUGUUCCAUUGCUGAGUCAACUCUUGCAUGACUUUUAUUCUCUUGUUUUGACUGCAAUGCUGCUGCUGGGUUCUACUGCCUUCUUUAAUGGUUGAUGCAGGUAGAAAUCCCAGGCAGGAGGAGCUCCAAACCUACCUUUUUCUUCCUGGAACAGGUCUUCCUCUUGUGCUUCCAGAUGUGAAAUAAUAGGUUAGCUGAUGUGUUGAGCAACCUUCUGCUACAAGAUCGAAAAAACAAAAAACAUUUGAAAAGCUGACUUGCUCUUUGAUAAACCAUACUGCCAAGUCUUAACCUGGGCCAUAAAAGCAAAUCCUCCAGGUUUGCCUGUGUUGGACAGGACAAUUCUUCAUUUUGGUGCAAAAUGGCUUCCUCCAUAGCGAUAAGCUUCUAACUCUUUCUUGACCAUGCAAGACAGUUGUGUUUCUCCUAACAUAUAGUUGUACUGUGGAAUAAUACCACUUCAACUCCAUCACCUAAACAGCAGCGCUGCUGAGCUAGAGCUGGAAAACAGGGAAGGAACUUUGAAGUGGAACACCCAUUUGUCUGCCAGCAAUUUGCAGCUUCUUGAAAGAAGCAGAAUUACUGCCCUGAAUACAUUCUUUUCCUGAUUUCUUUGCUAAGGAGGUUGCAUACCAUUUUAUAUGUUUGCUUAUCAUCAUGACUAAUACACUUGAAUGCUUCUAUAUUGUUGCCAAAGGAAUGAAAAUCCUGGAAACUAAAAAGUAGUUGUGAACAUGGCAAACUGGUUCUAGUGUAAGGCACUGAGAAUUCAUCUGCCGCCUUGUAAUCACAAAAAUCUUUCCUGUCUUAAAAAUCUUGAACUACAUGACAGCAGCUCAAGGACAGCCUUUGGUAUUUCUCCAAAGGAAGCAGCAAGUAAAAAAGAAACCAAGUUCCGCGUCACUUAUAGAACUAAGAAAACAGGAAUUAUCAUCUUUCCCAUUUUCAUGAAUAUUAAAAGUGGAUGAAGUAUAGAGAAUAAGGUGAAUACAGAGUAGAGAAGAUUAUUUUUAUUUUAAAAUAUGAUCAGGCUUAGCUUUUAAAAAAACAUCAAUGACAAGUGUUAAUUUAACUCCAAGAUGAUUACAGCAAAGAAGCUUUCCCUGUCUUGCACAACUAAAAAUUUUAGUGAUAGACAACACUAUGUAAACCACAGUUCCAAAUUAAUCUCUUGUUUUGUUCAACUAAAAGUCCUUUAAUUUUAAAAUUCUAAUUUUAUAUAGUAGACAUACAGGCCCCUUGUCUAC